GCGACACAGACCACCCCCACUACUAGUGUGACAUUUGUUCCUGAAAGCCUGCUCCCACUCGCAGCCCUGGGAUACAGAGCAUGCGUCGAGGGUCAUAGGGUGGUGGAUACACGGCUGUACUUAUCCAUCUGAUGGCGUUAAAGGAGACUAACCCCUCCAAACCGACAGUGACCGGAUGUUUGAGGCUCUUAUGCGGCGUGAUAUUUACACUGGGGACAUUAUUGACUUUGUAUUUUACAUUCAUAAAGUCAACUCUGAAUGGUAACUGCAUCCCCCUCCCCAGUUACGCAAAUCGUCACUACAAUCCAGUCCAAAAAGUCGCAAAGAAACCCCUCAUUUUGAUAUGGUUCUGGCCGGAAGACCUAAAGUUUGACUUGCACGACUGCAAGAAACACCUCAACAUCGAUGGCUGCCGUCUCACUGAUGACCGAUCCCUAUACCUCAAAGCAAAGGAAGUGAUUUUUUUUCACGAUGCCAUCAAAGAUGAUCUGUCCAACCUGCCCAGACGACGAAGGCCGGCCUUCCAGCGUUGGAUAUGGCUGAACCUGCAACCACCGGCCAACACGCGCAGAAUAGAAGGCGCUGACAAUCUUUUUAACCUCAGUCUGAACUUUCGCAAGGACGCCGAUAUUCAGGUGCGCUGGGACCUUACCUACAAUAAGAUCCUGGGCGAGGGGCCUUCACUGCCCAAGAAGGAGCAUUUGGUGUGUUACAUUAAAGGUGACAAGGUCGCAGACAACAGUACGGGGCACAGCUAUUACAAAGAACUCGCCAAGCACAUCGAUAUCAAGGUCUUGGGCGGUUUCUUCAUGUCUUGGUUUCAAAACACCAGUUUUGACGCCAUCAGCAGCUGCAAAUUCCAACUUGCCUUUGAGGAUUUAAUUUACAUAGACUACAUCACAGAGAAACUGAACGGACCGCUGGCAGUUGGGACUGUACCUGUGGUACUUGGUCCCCCGAGGUUAAACUAUGAGGACUUUGUGCCGGGCGACUCAUUUGUCCACGUUAAUGAUUUCCCUAACGCCAGUUCCCUUGCAGACUUCCUGAAGAGGGCCGCAUACAGCCGCUACUUUCUGUGGCGUCAAUAUUUUUCCGCACACCGCCACCCUGUUACAGAUAACCAUAAGUAUCUGAAGGCCAUCUGCACCGCGUGCGACUUUUCAGUGAGGAACAGGGACUACAGAGUCAUUCGUCAUCUGCACAAGUGGUAUUUUCGUUAGUCUUGUUCAACUUGUCUUGUGAGACUAUCCUGAUCAUACAGGUUCUCAUUUUGUUGCAUACUGCAGAUGGCUUGUUGAAACCAUACAAAUUAUUAUCAGCCCAGGGACUGCUAGGUGGAGGGAUUUCUGGUACAUGACAAACGAGUUCUGCAGGAUGCAUAAUUUCAAGACUUAGACUCUGUAACAAGCGGUGGAGGAAUCAAGAACAUAUUAAUGAGGGCCAAAGGUAUGGAAGCAUUUUAUCAAUUUGUUUUGUUUGGCUUCGCUAACCAUAUAUUAAAGAUAAAUUGUCCUAUUGGUUUUAGUAGCCAAUCCACAACCAGUUGGUAGCACCCACUUGGGUGAUGCAUGGCAGCCAACUAAAACAAAUCAUGCCUAAUUAUUGAGAAAAAGAAUAUAUAUCAAUAUAUAUCAAAAUGCAUUCAAAUAAAUAUUUUUUUAACUUCUUCACUCAUUAUUUAAACCCUUUUACUCUAUCUUUCUUAUUAAUGGUAUUUCCCUUUUUUACAACUGAAAAAAAAUGCAUUGGAACAAAAAACAAGAAGUGUUUAAUAUAGGACAUUUGUCACCCCCUAGUGUCGAAAGAGCACCUACACGAAAGUAGCUGAAGCCAUUGGGCGACUCUUGCGUCUUGCUUGACGCCGUAAGCUGACCAAGCGGCCUGUAAUGAGGAGGACGAGAACAUAUCUAUAUCAAGCCAAUUAACAUUGUAUUCGUUUGGAUUGUUUUAUUUUUUAAUGAACAUGUCUCUCGUUUGUAAAUGAGUCCUGUCAAUAUUCCUAUAUUUAUUCCUGGCUUUCAUUUAUUCCUAAAAUAGAUCUACAAUCUCUUAAUUAAAUUGCCAUGAAAUCAAAGUCAUCAACAAUUAUUUUAUCAAUCUGCAAGUAUGAAGAGAUCGAAAGGUUUUACAUAGGACAUCACUGACCACUCAUUGUCAUGCCAUACCUGUCUAUACUUUGUACUGUAGGCCUAUAUAUUUUUACUUUUAAUGUUUCUGUUGUUGGUACUAGGACUGGAUGUAAGCACUUUUGCUAAACGUUGCCAUGUUAACAUCUUGUAGGUUUUUACUGAUGUUGAUGGCUGCUCUGUCCCUAUCGAUUAAACAUAAAUAAACUUGGCUCGAUUGAAAACGUAAAUUAUUUUUGCACCGAAAGUAAACCGUACAACCUGAUUCCAAACAUUAAUGGAAAGGGUAUUAAUGGGCCUGUAAAAUGGCUCCCUGAAACCGGAGCCGUGGCUUGUCCUCAGGUGCCUUUCAGCCUUUUUUUAAACAAGGAAACGCCCCAUCCCUGGGGCGUUUCCUUGUGUUGUGUUAUACUCUUUGUGAUCAGUAUAUACUAGUUGAUCCCUCUGCCAUGUUUUGUUGAUGCCUGUUUCUGUGGUGAGCACUAGUGAAUCUCUUAAUCAAGUUGUAUUUUCAAUAAGUUAUUUUAGGGAUUUACGUUCCUCUUCAAAUGUUGAAACCGUUUCUACUUUCCAUGUUGGUUUAUGCAAAAUAAACCCAUUGGAGGCAGGCCAUGUUUCCUUGCGUUUCGAAAUACCUGAUUAUGCAUCGUCUUUUGUUGUGCCUUUAGUGCACAGACAUCUAUGAAUGCUUGUUUUUUUUAAACAAGGUACCGACCCAUUCCUAUGUGAGCAUGUGUUGUACUUUUUUUGAUAAGUUAUGUGCUAGUUAAUCACUCUGUCUUGCCUUGUUGGUUGGUGGGCCUAAGGUAUAGUGUGUAUCGUAGGUGUCUCAAUUGUUUCCCUUACGUUAUUAUUCAGGGACUCUUUCUCUCUCUUACAUUGUCUGUCUGAAUCUCUCUCUCUAUGCCUCGUUCUCAUUAUUACUAGCCGAAGACUUGUGCUGCAUACCACCUAACAAACUGGAAUUAGGCCUAUGUCAAUCUUACAAUGUGAUAUCAUGAAGGCUUCAUGUUAAAUACAUUUCAGAUCACUUUGUUUUUAAAGGGAUUUAUGAGAGAAA